ACGACGACUCCCUCCUCCCAGUCAACCCAGGAGCCAAGUGUCCGACCGCGGGCAGGUGUCCGCCUCGCUCCACGGCCCUUUUCGUUCGGAAGUGGACGUGCCCCGUUUCGAGGGUGUCCACGCCUUCCCUUUCGGUCAUGAUGAGAGGAAGGCAGGCGAGUGAGGAGGAACCCCGUAGUCGUCGUCGUCAUAGUAGUAAAUCGCCGUGUUGUCUUAGCAAGCUAGUAGUGGUCUCUUAGUUUAACCCACCGGCGGUGUGACGUUUUCUCUCUCUCUCUCUCUAUAUAUAUAUAUAUAUAUAAUUUUUUUUUCUUUUCUUCAAUAUUCACAACAUAACCCGUCCGUAAUUAAUUUCCUCGGCGGACGAGGAGGAGCAUCCCACUUAUAUUAACCGCGACGAACCCAAAACACGGACUCGGCGAGAGAUAAAGGCUGGCAGGAGUCAACAUGUUCGAGACAAGAGGAAUCCCGUUCUUGGUCCUCGACGUCGUCUGCCUCGUUUUAGGGGGGCUGCCCCUGGCGGCCUUCAACCUGGGUAAGAUCCGCCCCUACCAGAGGGGCUUUUUCUGUAGCGACGACAGCAUCAAGUACCCUUUCCACCACAGCACCGUCACCUCCACCGUGCUCUACACGGUGGGCUUCUCGCUGCCCAUUAGCUGCAUGAUAUUCGGCGAGUGCCUGUGCGUGUACCUCAAGCGGCUGCGGUCCAAGUCGUCAUACGGCAGCUACGUGGCGCGCGUCUACAAGGCGGUGGGCACCUUCCUGUUCGGCGCCGCCAUGAGCCAGUCGCUCACCGACAUCGCCAAGUAUUCGGUGGGCCGCCUCCGCCCGCACUUCCUGGACGUGUGCAAGCCCGACUGGGAGGGCUUCAACUGCUCGCUGGGCGACUACGUGGAGCAUUUCGCCUGCACCGGAAACCCCACCGCGGUCAAUGAGGGCAGGUUGUCUUUCUAUUCCGGCCACUCGUCCUUCUCGAUGUACUGCAUGCUGUUCCUGGCGCUGUACCUGCAGGCCCGAAUGCGUGCGGAGUGGGCUCGCCUGCUGAGGCCCACCAUCCAGUUCUUCCUGAUCGCCGCCUCGGUGUACACGGGCCUGUCGCGAGUGUCCGACUACAAGCACCACUGGAGCGACGUGCUGACCGGCCUCCUGCAGGGGGCGCUCAUGGCCAUCCUGGUGGUGUUUUUCGUGUCCGACUUUUUCAAGCAGUCCCCGGAGUCCCGCAAGGAGGCCAACAUCCCCCACGCCAACCUCCAGGAGACCCCCACCAACGGAAACCACUUUGAGAGCCCAAACUAAAAACCUCACCUUAAAUCGCCCGCGUGCCGAGUUGCUGCAACCUCAGGCCUCUUUUUUUUAUUUUUUAUUUUAUUCCGUUAA